UUAAUGAUAUCAGAAAACAUACAUCACUCAUUCGCAUCCAAACCUAGCUACGAAGCUGAUCGAUUACCGACAUGUCGAUCUCCAACACUCAACUAAAGCCUCUGCUUCCCAACCCAUUUAAUUUGAGUAAUACUGAGAUCGUUGAAAAAGUUUAUGUAUCCCACACUUACGACGACGAGAUGUUCGAUAAUGAGCCCCUCUUCAACGUCGUGUCCAACAUUAUCAAGCUAUCAACUCGAAUUGUUGGGGCUCUUCUUAAGAUAGAUGAGCCCAAUGGAUUUUUAGGAAAUCCCAUAACCAUAAGCAGUUUCAAACCAGAAUUCUCCACUCUGAAGCUGAUGUCGUGCCAGAUGAUGACCCUAUCUUGGGGGCCAGAAAACGCACACCAAACAACCCUUCGGAUUCUUCAACAACUGAGAAAGUACUCUUGGGACGCAAAAGCGCUGAUAGCUCUAGCGGCUUUCGCUUUGGAGUAUGGAAAUUUCUGGAACCUUCAGCAGGCAUCAGACCCUCUGGGAAACUCGUUGAGACUGCUGAAUCAAAUCCAACACAGACAGCUUCCCGUGACUGAUAUCAACGCAACAGUGAAGUUGGUCAUGGAGGCCGUUGAGAAGAUCAGACGGUGGGGAACCUUGUCUUCUGAUGAAACUUAUGAGACUGAGGAUGUUCCCGCUCUAUCAGAUGCAUUGCAACUCAUCCCACUCCUUGUUUACUGGGUUGUCGCUUCCCUUGUCGCUUGCAACACCAACAUCCAGGGUGUUUCGAACUAUGCAUUAUCGGACUUCCGUGGCAAACUUUCUACCGCUCUGGAUGAGUUCAAGCAUCACCUGGAGAUAUGCGAGCAACAAAAAGCUAGUAUAGAAGACUACCGGAGACGUAAGAAGGCCUUUAAAAAGCCUAAAGACAUCGUCGACUUUUUGAAGCUUCUGAUCAAUCAAAAUGGAUACAAGUCUCAAAUAUAUGAUGGCAACGCCAACAGAAAUGUGAAUGUUGAGGUUUUCAAGGAGAAGUAUGUGUUGCUGUUCAUUUCGGGGCUGGACAGAAUUGAAGACGAGAUUCGGCUUCUGAAUUCAAUCUAUGAGAGACUUGUGGAAGAUCCGAAUGACAAGAGCGGUUUCAAGAAAGAGGAAUUCAAGAUUUUGUGGAUCCCGAUCGAGAACAAAUGGGGGGAUGCUAGGAGGGAACUUUUCAACACUUUGAAGAGUGACAUAAAGUGGUACGUGGUGGAGUACGCUCAAGUACCCUUACCUGGCAUCAGGCUAAUUGAAGAGGAUCUCAGGUUCCAUGGUAAACCUAUCCUUCCGGUGGUGAAGCCUCAAGGUGUCCUGUUGAACGAUGAUGCCUUGGACAUCAUUUUCGAAUGGGGGAUCCACGCAUUCCCUUUCAGAAAAUCCGAUGCUUACCUACUUGCUCAGAAAUGGAAAUGGUUCUGGGAUGAGGUCAAGAAAACAAAUCUUCAUGGUAUACAGGUGAAAGGUGAUAGGUAUAUCUUCAUAUAUGGAGGUAGCGACAAGUGGACCCGAGAAUUCACUGUGGCAGUGGAUAAAAUUAAAAGGCACGAUACAAUAAGGAGGGCAGAUGCAAUAAUAGACUAUUACCAUUUAGGAAAGGAUGACCCCAAGAUAGUUCCUCGAUUCUGGAUUGGCAUAGAAGGCAAAAGGCAAAAGAAGCACUCCGAGAAUUUGGACUGUGAGAUCCAAGAAAUUAUCAGGUCUUUGCUCUGCCUCAAGCAGGAUACACAAGGAUGGGCCAUUCUGAGCAAAGGGUCCAAUGUGAGGAUUCUGGGUCACGGCCAACCUAUGUAUCAAACUGUGGCAGAUUUUGAAAAGUGGAAAGAAAGAGUGCUUGUCAAAGAAGGCUUUGACAUUGCAUUCCAAGAAUAUUAUGACACACAACGUGAUCUACCUGCUCCUCAACCAUGUGAAUUUAACACUUUGGAUGUCCUAGCAACCAUAACAUGCCCAAAUGCCUCUUGUGGACGUGUGAUGGAGGUCACAUCUGUUAAUUACAAGUGCUGUCAUGGUGGUAAUGUUGCUGACCAUGCUAUUAAAUCGAGGUCCACAACCGCAACCUAAAGCUUGAGUCAUUCAACCAGGCUUGUUUUGGAGAAACAUGAACUUGAAUUCAAAGUGUGUUUUUUUUUUACUAUAUAUAUGUAUGUAUGCCUAAACAAGUGCGUUGCCCCUUACGGCCACUUCAUUUGUCCUUGAAUGGGCAAAAAUUAAAUAAUGGCAUCUUUUGUAUGUUCUGAAUUAGAUGAUUGAAUAAAUAAAUUCUGUACACACAGAAUUUGAACUCU